AUGUCAUUUAUACCAGAAGUUUUGUGGAAAGAAAGCUAUGAACAAGGAUUGCAACGCAUGAUUAGUGCAUGCUCUGAGUUUGUAGUUCAGAGCAGUAGCUUUGAAGAUUUGAACAGUUCAGAAGAAGAAUCUGCUCCUGUUAAAUUAAGCAGCUCUAAGAUUAAAGCAUCUUUAAAAGAUAUCUCUUCAUUUAAAGAGCAUAAUGAAUCCAUUGUUUCUUUUAAAGUAAAGAAAAGGAGAUCGUCAUGCCGUGAUGAACAAUCUAAUGAUUCUUCGUCCUCAUCUCCUAAAAUAAAGAAAAUAUUGACCUCUAAAUGUAACCCAGCAAAACAAAACCAAAUGAUAAAGAAUUCCAGUAUAUCACAUGAAAACUCCAGGAAAAAUUUAAGCGAAGAUAAAAAAAAAAAAAACGUAAUGCAAUAUAUUUCUUGGUUUACAUAUAAAUGUUAUUUUAAUAUUUUUUAA